AUGGCGAUCUCCAUCUUUCCGGAUGGAAAUGGAAGUAAGCUCGGCGGCGCGGGAGGAGGAGGAGGACAAGGCGCGGACGCGGGGGAGGAUGCGUCGGGGAAUGAGCUGGUCCUGGAUGUGAAGUUAUUAAACCAGCACGAUUUUUUGGAUAAUAAAGGAGUGAAGCUGCCCUGGGAUCAAUGGGCUUUCUUGGGAAAUACAUUGGCCUCCGGGCCUGCCAAUUGGAACAAAGCCAUCAAUAUAGCCCUCAGCACUCUGUCACUUGCAUCUGUUUCUAUUUUGUAG